UUGUUUAUAUAGACGACAGUUUAACGCUUACAGUCCGAUUUUAAUUAAAGAAUUUCAUUUUAGGCACAGGUCUGCAUUCUGGAUAAUGUGAAAUUUCUGUUGUUGGAAAGUCACGAUUCUAACUGUUGAGAGAUGGCUGAACAUGAUUCUGUUCUCGGUUUUUACAAAAAACGAACAAAUCGGGAUAAGAAGCUCAGUGUUUCGAAGAACGAUAUCUCGUGCGUAGCAUGAACUGUUAAAUGUACGGUACAUAUUGUGUACAAGAAGAAAAUAUUUCAGGAAGAAGCUCUCUCUAAUGAGAUUAAUUAAUAGUAUAGGAGAUAUAACGCUUUCAUUCGUAUAUCGCGUUAUUUUGAAAAUACUACGAAACACAAUUGGACAUUAAGCGAAGUGCCUGUGUACAUCAUGCUGUGAACUACACCAACCUUGCUGAAGUAAACAUCCUUCACAUCAAAGUUGCUAGAUGUACUCUAAAUGCUCCUGGGCUGCUGCUGCUGCUGAGCGAGUUACCGUUUCAUCAUAAUCUGUUUCCCAAGUAGCACCUGGCAUCAGUGUUCCAGUCAGCAGGUGCUGAGUCUCAGAAGAACACAGCGAGGGAAACGUGUUUGAUGAAAAUGAUCAAGAGAGUAAAGGGCACUGCCUGAAAAUAUGCAGAUCCUACAACUUCGGAUUCGUCUGCUCCUCCUAACGUUAUCCCCGCCUGAUCCGCGUGAGAUGCUAGUUGAAGAGCCUCGUCACAGAUAUUGCUGAUGGGAACAAGGAUGCUGUGGGUCCUGGUGGUGGGCGCCAUCUUGCUGUUGGUGUCGCCCCCCGCCUGCUCCGUGAGCACCCUUCAGCGAGGACACAGCUACAAGAUCAGCCCAAAGCCGUGUUCCGUAAACGGCUUGGAUGGCACGUGCAUGUUUGUUUGGGAGUGCAUCAAGACGGAGGGACGCCAUGUGGGGAUGUGCGUGGACACCUUCAUGUUCGGCAGCUGCUGCGCACACAAUAUCACAGAGAACGCCAUCCUGGCCCCGGCCGGUGGCGCCGGCGACCAUCCCGACGUACUGUACUCGCCCCCUAGUCAUACCGACUCGUCAACGUCGGCACGUCCCUCAGGAAGCACCGUGUUCAUAUCCCUGGCUUCCAGACCCAACUUUACCACCAGACCGUUUAAUUCAAUUUCAAUGACAAGGCCCUCAAACCUCACCCUGAGGCCCCAACCGGCUUCCACCUUCCUGACGUCCAUAAGCAUUACGCGACCCGACUUCAUGACAAGUAACAACUCCACCUCGUUCUGGCCACUGAGCGAAACGAAACCCCAUUUCAUGACGCGUCCUCAGGGGUCGGACUCAAUAUUUAUCACGCGACCGACAGCAUCCACUCAUACGAAACCUUCCUUCACAGCACGGCCCCCUCUGGGUCAUUUCAUGUCGCCCGCUGAGGACGGGGACAUUUCUAGUCCAAGCGUCGUUGAGCUGGAACCCAGUGGAGGCAAGGAUCCCUCCAGAGAGGGUGCUUCCCGGCCCCCUGGCGGCACCUCGUCAGUCAAUAGGGACCCACCGCUUCCUGCUGCAGAUGGAGAAAGCACGAUUCAAUCAGCCAGCAGCGCCAUCGUGAGCUCGUGGACGCCAGCGCACACGGCCCCAAGCGCCAUCUGGCAAGCCACAACGGAACCCGGCUUUGUUACCCGCACACGCCCACCCGCUAGCUCAAGUUCCAGCAAGCCAAGACCAAGACCCACCAGGAGACCGGCAGCACCCACUACCACAAAUACGCCUACCACCACUACCGCCCCAACAACCACGACUACUACUACUACCACCACAACCCCGCCUCCGACCACCAGUACCUCUACUACCACCACCACAACCACAACCACCACCACCACCACCACCAGUACCUCUACUACAACAACUCUGCCACCAACAACGACACUCGUGUCUGUAACAGCAAUCCAGUCUCUGUCUGCAUCCAAUAACGAGAAAGGAGUUCAAUGUGGAGUACCACCUUUAUUUCCAAGGCCAGAAACAAGAAUUGUGGGGGGUAGAAAUGCUCCAUUUGGUGGCUGGCCAUGGCAGGUAUCAGUAAGACGGACAUCAUUUUUUGGAUUUUCAAGCACCCAUCGCUGUGGAGGUGCAGUUCUGAAUGAGAACUGGAUUGCCACAGCAGGACACUGUGUUGAUGACCUCCUGACAUCCCAGAUCCGGAUCCGUGUGGGGGAGUAUGACUUCUCAAGUGUGCAGGAACCAUAUCCCUUUGUGGAGCGUGGAGUGGGACGCAAAGUGGUUCAUCCCAAGUACAACUUCUUUACAUACGAGUAUGACCUGGCCCUGGUACGACUAGAAUCUCCUCUCAAUUUUGCUCCACACAUAGCCCCUAUCUGCCUUCCUGCUUCUGAUGACCUGCUGAUUGGUGAGAAUGCAACUGUGACGGGCUGGGGCAGACUUAGCGAAGGUGGCACACUACCUUCCAUUCUUCAAGAGGUGUCAGUGCCCAUUGUGAGCAAUGACUGCUGCAAAUCCAUGUUUCUGCGUGCUGGGCGGCAUGAGUUCAUUCCUGAAAUCUUCCUGUGUGCAGGACAUGAGAAUGGAGGCCAGGACUCUUGCCAAGGUGACAGUGGAGGUCCACUACAAGUUCGUGGGAAAGAUGGUCACUACUUUCUAGCUGGAAUUAUCAGCUGGGGUAUUGGUUGUGCAGAGGCCAAUCUUCCUGGAGUCUGCACACGAAUCUCCAAGUUCGUCCCCUGGAUCCUUGAAAAUAUCACAUAAUGAAGGGAAUACGAAUAUAGGGAUCUUCAUAUUAAACAAGUCUGACAGCGCUAAAUAAGCAAUGCUGCAACAUCCAAAUUUGUGGAUCUGUUUAUUGUGUGUUUGAAUGUUCCUCACAUGACACUAUGUUGGCUGUGAGUGCGGAUCUGCAUGUAAUAUUGGCUCAGUUAGAAGAGAGGUGUUUGUUAGAGAGAAAUGAAAGAACAGAUAACUCAUAAUUGUGGUGCAUCAUUAAAGAUUUUACCAUGAUUAUAUGAUGGACACCAUGAAAUCCUUCCUUUUACUUCAGUAUUCAAAAAAUUAGAAGUAACAUGGUUGCGACGCAUAGUUACAAGGAUGAAUUUCUUUUUUCUUUUUUUUUUUUUU